CUCCCAUCUCUCUCGUCGUUGUUCUCCUUUCUGACUCAGCACAGACUCUGCACAGAGAGAGAAAGUGAAAGCAGAAGAGAGAGAAAGAGAGAAGACGAGAGAGAAAACCUCUAGGUUUUUCAUUUCCAUGGAAAAUCUCUCGCACUCUCCUCCCAAGAAAACUCACAAUGCCAGCGGCUUCGCAACGAAGACCAUCUACGACGACGUUUUCGGAGGUCCGCCGAGGUUCGGAGCCCCGACUCUCUCUCCUCGCGCCCAAGACUACACUGAGAUUUUCGGGAGCUUUCACGUGUCUCGAGCUUCGUCUGUUCCGAUUCUUGAUCUUCCUGUGGUGGUUGAAACACCCGAUGCUUCUUUUGAUGUUCGGCGCUCCGACUAUUCUGAAGUGUUUGGUGGUUUCAACGGUCUAGAUUUCGCCCAUUGUUACGAAGAAUCGUGCAGCCAAUUGAGCGGUGGAGAUGAUUCGUCCGAGGAAGCCUGGACUCCAGCUCAAAGUGACUCUCUCUCAGAUGAGUCGGAUCCUUCUGCUUGUUUCGAAAAUAAUCAAAGCUUGUCGAAUGGGGACUCUCACCAGGCAUUUGAUGAAAUUAAGCAGUUCAACAUAUCAUAUUAUAAGGCUAAUCAAAGAAGCAAGGAAGAUAUGUCAAAUGGGGCAUUCCAUGUAACUCAACUACAUGCUGUCCCUAGCUAUACUUCCGUAGUCGAUGAAACUUUGCGAAAGACAGAAGAUAAGAAUCCACCUUUUCAGGUAACUGAUGAUUUAAACCUUAUUAGCAUGAAUUGUAGUGCGGGGAUAAGGGAAGGAAAACAAUUCAGAAAAACUAUGUCACACCCCCUAAACAGUAGUUUUGGCAUACAGACAUUUGGAAGUGAUUGCAAACCUCUGAAAGGAUAUAGUAGAACUGAUCCUCCUCCAAAUGACAGAUUUGUAACUAUGUCUAAUGUUAAUCUCAAAACUCAGCCGUCUCAAGUGUCUCCACCCUUGAGGUCACCUCCUGCUUUAGCUGUCAAACAAGGGGAUUCUGGUAGACAGAAUUCAAGACUCAAAGCUUCCAAAAGUUAUGCUUUUGAAAGGACGGCAGGAGACUGUUCUCCACCUUUCUUUGAUGUGGAGGUAGACACAAAUUCUUCUGCUGCAGCCUCUGCUGCGGCUAUGAAAGAUGCAAUGGAAAAGGCUCAAGCAAAACUAAGAAAUGCAAAAGAAUUAAUGGAGAGAAAGAAGGAGGGUCUUCAAUGCCAUGCAAAACUGGGUUUGAAGAAUGAUAUAAAAGAUGAGGGGAAUCCAAGCAAAAUUUUUAAUGCAUUGAACAGUUCUAAAGAUGAGAGAUUGCAGGGAACAUGUAAUAGAGAACACAGUGAAAUGAAAGGCUUUGCUGGGGAGGGAAAGCAAGAAGUAAUGAAGUCAACUCAGUUAGUUUCAGAGUCUACUGAAGGGGAAAGACAUAUAAAAGUAGCUAACAAAUCUGCAAAGGAAAAGCAUGGAAAGGAAUAUAAGUCUUCUCAAGCAUCUCACAAAAUUGAAAGAACUGUUGCAUGGAGAGAAGAGACAGAAUUUUAUGAAUUAGUUAAAACAGAUAACUCACAAAAGGUCUUUAAACAGGCAAAGGAUGAAAAGAUUUUGUUACAAAGUGCACAGUUCCAUGAGCGUGGACAGGAGAAAAGAGCAGCAUUUGACCUGCAAGAAGAGUACAGUAGGAAAGGAAAAGCAGCUAGUGAGGGAAAUGAAUGGGGAAAAAGUAAGAGCAAAUUAGAAGUGGCUGAAGGGGCUUGUGAAUGGGAGGAAAGCAAGGGGUUACCAAAAGUAACUAAAGUGUCACACAAGCAAGAGGAACAUGGGAAGAAAGUACAAGUGGCUCAAGAGGCUUAUGAACAGGAAGAGGAAGUGAAUAAACUAAGAGUUUCCCAACGACAUCAAGGCAUUGAGAUGAUACUAACUGAAGCUGAUGAAUGCGGAGAGAGUGAGAACCCCUUAGAAGUGGAACAGAAAGAGAAUGAAGUGGAAAUAGUACAGAAAUUAAAAAAGACUAAUGAAAGUGUAGAAAAUGAGAAAACUCUUAAGGAUGCUCUUGGAAGGGAAGAAAAUGACAAGAAACUCGAAGAAAUUCUUGAGGGGAAAAAUAAUGAUAAGAGACUUAAAGAGGCUAUUGAACUAGAAGAAAAUGGAAAAAGACUAAUGGAAGUCCUAGAGCGUAAAGAAAAAGAAAAGCAACAAAAAGAGGCUCGUGAAAGAGGAAAAAAUGAGAAGAGACAGGAAGAGGCUUUUGAAAGAGAGGAGAAUGAGAAUAGAUUGGAAAAAGCUCUUGAGGGGAAAUUGAGUGAGAAAAGACUUAAAAUGGCUCUUGAACAGGUUGAGAUUGAUAAAAGGGAAAAACUGGCUCGUGAAAGAGAAACAAAUGAGAAAAGGUUAGUGAAGGCUCUUAAGAGGGAGGAGAAUGAGAAGAAACUGAAAGAUGCUCUUGAGCAGGAAGAGUGUGCGAAGAAACAAAAAGAGGCUCAUGAAAGAGAGAAAAAUGAGGAGGGACUAAAUGAGGCCCGUGAAAGAGAAGAGAAGGAGAAGAGACUUGAAGAGGCUUGGGUGCAAGAAGAGAAUAAAAAAAGAUUGCAAGAGGAUCAUGAAAGAGAAGAAAGUGAAAGGAGAUCAAAGGAGGCUUUCAAGCAGGGAAAAUUUGAGAAAAAGUCAGAAAGGGCAAGCAAGCGGGAAGAAACUGAGAUCUUGAUGAGUGAUGCUGGUAAUUGGGUAGAACUGAAGGGACAAAGCAAAAAUCACGACCAAUCCGAGAAACUAAAACUGAAUAAAAAAACAAGUGCCCUUAUGGAGGGGAAUUCUUUCAAAGCAUUUGAUGUGGCAAAUAAGCUGGGUAACAAUAAAAACCUACCAGCAACUCAAGUAGCCUGCAAACAUGAUAAAAGCAGUAAAAAAUCGAAAGUGACCGAAGAGGAUUUUCCUUGUAAAAAGGGUAAAUUGGUGCAGAUUGAACCCCAAAAUAGUGAAGGGGAAUCCCAAGCAGUUGAAAUGGAGAAUGGUCUGAUUGAUGAAAGGUUCAACUCAUAUUGCAUGGAUCAUGAUGACUUGCAACAUAAGAAGAACCAAAUCAGAACAGAUAAUGCUACAGAGUCACUUCAUUUGCACGACAGUGUGACGAAAUCAGGUGAAGGUGGCAUUAGUGUUGGACAGACAUACAUUGAGAGAAAUAAGGAAGCUUCCAAACUGGCCUCAAAUCCUGGGAAUCGGAAUAUGCUCACUCAUGAACGAGGAGACAGGGGAGCUCAUAUUAAGGAUGCUCAAGUUGCCUUUGACCAAGAAGAAAGCAAAGAUAAGUUGAUGCCACUGCAAGUGGACGGUGGGUUGGUUCAAAAUGGAAGGAAAAUGGGAACUGCUCCAUCAGAUGCAUUGGGAGGAAAUAGAAUUGCACAGGAAGGAAGCACAAGCCAAAAUACAGAAAGAAAAGAGAAUAAUCUUAAUGAAGCCCUCACACCAGAAGAGAGAGAAGUACAAGAGAGGACGAAAAGGGAAAGGAAGCUGAAAAAGGAUCAGCUAAGAAAGAUAGAAGAAGAGAAAGAAAGAGAAAAGGAUCGCCUAAGAAAGAUAGAAGAAGAGAGGGAAAAAGAAAAAGAUAGAAUGAUUGUUGAAAGGGCAACCCGUGAAGCUCGUGAAAGGGCAUUUGCUGAAGCCCGUGAGAGGGCAGAAAGGACUUCCGUGGAGAGAGCAACUGCUGAAGUUCGACAGAGAGCGAUGGCGGAGGCCCGAGAAAGAUUAGAGAAAGUAUGUGCAGAGGCUAGGGAGAGGUCGUCAGCUGAGAAAGCAUCUAUGGAGGCCAGGCUCAGGGCAGAGCGUGCUGCAGUAGAGAGAGCAACUGCAGAGGCUCGAGAACGUGCUUUUGAAAAAGCUAUGGCUGAGAAGGCUACUUAUGAGGCACGAGAACGGCUAGAAAAAUCGAUUGCUGAGAAAUCCUCUGCUUCUUCCAGGGAUGGUGGAUUUAGACAGAGCUCUUCCUCCUCUGAUCUUCAAUUUCAGAGUGUGGGGUCUUUUAGCGGGUCAAGAUAUUCAUAUUCUUCAACUCAAGGUGGAGUUGAAGGUGAACCAGCUCAGAGGUGUAAAGCUAGGUUAGAGAGGCAUCGCAGGACAGCUGAACGUGCAGCAAAAGCUUUAGCAGAGAAGAAUAUGCGUGAUCUUCUUGCUCAAAGAGAGCAAGCAGAAAGAAAUAGAUUAGCUGAAACUCUGGGUGCUGAAGUCAAGAGAUGGUCAAAUGGGAAAGAAGGGAACUUGCGUGCAUUGCUUUCGACACUCCAAUAUAUUCUUGGACCUGAUAGCGGUUGGCAGCCAGUUCCCUUAACUGAAGUCAUUACUGCUGCUGCUGUAAAGAAAGCUUACAGGAAAGCCACUCUCUGUGUUCACCCCGACAAAUUACAGCAACGAGGUGCAAGUAUUCAGCAGAAGUACAUAUGUGAAAAGGUUUUUGAUCUUCUUAAGGAUGCUUGGAACAAAUUCAACUCAGUGGAGUGGUAGAAGCCUUUAUAUGUGUACCAGCCUUCUGUAAUUUAUAUGGCUAGCAAGUAAAUAUCUUUCUAUCUUUCAGAGAUUUUUAGUUAUCUAUGUAGUUUUAAAUGUAAGCUUGAGCUUGAGCUUAACAGAAGAUUGGCAGGAAAGAAGAAAGAGGAUAUUUUCCUUUAUUCAUUCUCCCAUGAUAUAACAGGGGAAACAAAAUUAAGUCAUUCAUGUUUUAUGAGUAGGGCUGCAUUUGGUUGGCAGACAUGGAGGUCUGAAUGGAAAGUCCCAUUAUAUUUGCUGAUGCCAUUCCUUUAUAUUCGAGAUUUUUCAUUUCCA